AUGGCCAGUCUCGAGGAGCCUCUCGCUCCCCGCCCCCAGGGUCCCCCGCCAACGGCCGGGGACCAGCCGGGCUGCGGCCGGGGCAAACUCCGCCCGGAACCCAGGCGCAGCGCGGCCGGCGGGGGGAGCGCGGCGGGCCCGGGCCCGGCCCCCGCGUGGCCUGGCCGCGGCCGGGCAGAGCGCGUCGCGCCCCCGCGCCCGCCCCACUCCUCCGCAGCCCGCGCCAGCCCCGCGGGGGGUCCCGGCACCCUCUCUGCGCGCGGCGGCGGCUGCGGCUGGGUCGCGGCCCGCGCUCCCUGGGCGCUCGCCUUCUCCUCCCGGGUCCCCUCCUCCUCUCCAUCUUCCUUUUACUUCUGGCCGCCGCCCCCCCCGCCGCCCCCCUCUUUUCUCCCCUCCUCAGCUGCCUUUCACCUCCCCGUGCGUCUCCCAGGAAGGGAGGGCGCAGCGGCGGCGGCGGCGGCGGGAGGAGGCGGCGAUGCUGGCGGAGGAGGAGGAGGAGGACAAGAGGCAGCUCCCUUGAGCGUCCCCAGCAGCAGUAGUCACCGCGGCGGCGGUGGCAGCGGCGGCGGGCGGCGGCGGCUCUUCCUCUCGCCUGCGCUCCAGGGCUUGCUGCUCCCAGCCCGCGCCGGGCCCCGGCCGCCGCCGCCGCCGCCCCGGCUCCCCCUCGGCUCUGCCGCCAGCCGCGCGGGCUCUCCAGGUUUCCCCGGCGCUGGCCCAGGCGGCGGCGGCCAAACUCCGCGGCGUCCCCUGGGCGCCGGCUUCGCCCUUGCCGCCGCGGCCGCGCUGCUUUUCGGCUCCGACAUGGAAGAUGGACCUUCUAAUAAUGCGAGCUGCUUCCGAAGGCUGACCGAGUGCUUCCUCAGCCCCAGCUUGACCGAUGAAAAAGUGAAGGCAUAUCUUUCUCUUCACCCUCAGGUAUUAGAUGAAUUUGUAUCUGAAAGUGUUAGUGCAGAGACAGUAGAGAAAUGGCUGAAGAGGAAGAACAACAAAUCAGAAGAUGAAGCGGCUCCUAAGGAAGUCAGCAGGUACCAAGAUACGAAUAUGCAGGGAGUUGUAUAUGAACUAAACAGCUACAUAGAACAACGGUUGGACACAGGAGGAGACAACCAGCUACUCCUCUAUGAACUGAGCAGCAUCAUAAAAAUAGCCACAAAAGCUGAUGGAUUUGCACUGUAUUUCCUCGGAGAGUGCAAUAAUAGCCUGUGUGUGUUCAUACCACCAGGGAAAAAGGAAGGAAAACCCCGCCCCAUCCCUGCUGGGCCCAUCACCCAGGGCACCACCACCUCUGCUUAUGUGGCCAAGUCCAGGAAAACACUGCUAGCAGAAGACAUCCUUGAAGAUGAACGAUUUCCACGAGGUACUGGACUGGAAUCAGGGACUCGCAUCCAGUCUGUUCUUUGCUUACCAAUUGUCACUGCAAUUGGUGACUUGAUUGGUAUUCUUGAGCUGUAUCGGCACUGGGGCAAAGAAGCCUUCUGUCUUAGUCACCAAGAGGUUGCAACAGCAAAUCUUGCCUGGGCUUCAGUAGCAAUACAUCAGGUGCAGGUAUGCAGAGGCCUUGCCAAACAGACUGAAUUGAAUGACUUUCUACUCGAUGUAUCAAAAACAUAUUUUGAUAACAUAGUUGCAAUAGAUUCUCUACUUGAACACAUAAUGAUAUAUGCAAAAAACCUGGUGAAUGCCGAUCGUUGUGCACUUUUCCAGGUAGACCAUAAGAACAAGGAGUUAUAUUCAGACCUUUUUGAUAUUGGAGAGGAAAAGGAAGGAAAGCCUGUCUUCAAGAAGACCAAAGAGAUAAGGUUUUCAAUAGAGAAAGGAAUUGCUGGCCAAGUAGCAAGAACAGGGGAAGUCCUGAACAUUCCAGAUGCCUAUGCAGACCCACGCUUUAACAGAGAAGUAGACUUGUACACAGGCUACACCACGCGGAACAUCCUGUGCAUGCCCAUCGUCAGCCGAGGAAGCGUGAUAGGUGUGGUGCAAAUGGUCAACAAAAUAAGUGGCAGUGCCUUCUCUAAAACAGAUGAAAACAACUUUAAAAUGUUUGCCGUCUUUUGUGCUUUAGCCUUACACUGUGCUAAUAUGUAUCAUAGAAUUCGUCACUCAGAGUGCAUUUACCGGGUAACGAUGGAAAAGCUGUCCUACCAUAGCAUUUGUACUGCAGAAGAGUGGCAAGACCUCAUGCGGUUCACCCUUCCCGUGCGUCUCUGCAAGGAAAUUGAAUUAUUCCACUUUGACAUUGGUCCUUUCGAAAACAUGUGGCCUGGAAUUUUUGUCUAUAUGGUUCAUCGGUCCUGUGGGACAUCCUGCUUUGAGCUUGAAAAGUUGUGUCGUUUUAUUAUGUCUGUGAAGAAGAACUACCGGCGAGUUCCCUAUCACAACUGGAAGCAUGCAGUCACUGUGGCGCACUGCAUGUACGCCAUACUUCAGAACAACCACACACUUUUCACAGAUCUUGAGCGCAAAGGACUGCUGAUUGCGUGUCUGUGUCAUGACCUGGACCACAGGGGCUUUAGUAACAGCUACCUGCAGAAGUUCGACCACCCUCUGGCAGCUCUCUACUCCACCUCCACCAUGGAGCAGCACCACUUCUCCCAGACGGUGUCCAUCCUCCAGUUGGAAGGGCACAAUAUCUUCUCCACCCUGAGCUCCAGUGAAUAUGAACAGGUGCUUGAGAUCAUCCGCAAAGCCAUCUUUGCCACAGACCUUGCUUUAUACUUUGGAAACAGGAAAGAGUUGGAGGAGAUGUACCAGAACGGAUCGCUAAACCUUGAUAAUCAAUCACAUAGAGACUGUGUAAUUGGUUUGAUGAUGACUGCCUGUGAUCUUUGUUAUGUGACAAAACGGUGGCCUGUUAUGAAAUUGAUAACAAAUGAUGUAUAUGAAGAUUGGGCUGAGGGUGAUGAAAUGAAGAAAUUGGGAAUACAGCCGAUUCCUAUGAUGGACAGAGACAAGAAGGAUGAAGUCCCACAAGGCCAGCUUGAGUUCUACAAUGCUGUAGCAAUUCCCUGCUAUACAACCCUUACCCAGAUCCUCCCUCCCACGGAGCCUCUCCUUAAAGCAUGCAGAGAUAAUCUCAGUCAGUGGGAGAAGGUGAUUCGAGGGGAGGAGACUGCAACUGGGAUUUCAUCCCCCUCCUUGGCUCAGAAGGCAGCUGCAUGUGAAGACUGAGCCCUGAUCGCCCGACACGCUGUCCCACCCACAGAUCCUCAUCUUGCUUUGUUGACAUUUUUUCCUUUUUUUGGGGGGGUGGGGGAACCUACACCUGGUAACUGGGGUGCAGACCUCUUCAAGAAGGUAACAUCAAGUAAAUAAGUCAAGCAAAGGACUUCCUGCCAGUCUCUUCUGUGAGGCAUCAUAGACAACCAGGACCACCCCAUGUUCAGAAAUCAGCUGGCCAAGUGACUGCAUUUGACUUGCAAACCAGCCUUUUCUAAUAGGCUGAUAUUGCUGAGGCCUUAAUGGAAAUGGACAAAAAUUCUUUAGAAGGGGGGUACUUUUCCAUUGUAUGUUUCUAAUAAAGAUUGAAAAUUGUACUAUUA